AUGGACUCAAUGAGAGAGGAGGCGGCAGCAGAAGUAGCCGCGCUCGCUGCCAACCAGAAGGGCUGGAAGCACUUGUGUGAGUCGAAGCACCUGGAGGCGAUUGAGCUGUUCAGCAGGAGCAUCCAACUAGACCCUUGUCUGGCGGAGGCCUACAACAACCGGGGCAUUGCACUGGAGAUUUCGGGUGCCUCGCCGGACCAAGACUACGAAGUGGCUGACGCACUCAGCUUGCACGAUCCACAGAGGAUGGACAGGCUACAUCUGACUCGCCAGUGGAAACCAAUCGGUUGGAAGGCCAGAGGUGACGCCGAAGCUGCCACCAGAGCGGAAGACGCAGACUUCUUUGUCGAGAUCUGUAGCGUUGAUUGGGUCGAGACCAAUCGCCGCCUUCACAUGCUCAAUAAGGGUGAGGUUAAGUUCGGACAGGAGUACCGCCCAAUCACCUUCUGCACAGAUCGCUCCCUCGGGAUGGGUUUGUGCGUAGUGGAUGGUGAAGCCGUGGGCCGGUCAAACCCGAAGUACUCUGACAUCGGGCAGAGUCGCCACCCCGGCGAAUUUCCAAGAUGGUUUGUUGCAACUCAGAAGGAAGUGGAGAAGGUAAAAUUUGGCUUGCUGAUCGUACAGUUGUCGAAGGCAUAUUUUCGGUCAAAAGCUUGUCGCUGGACAUUCGGGUAUUUACGCAGGCCCGAGUUGGUGCAUCUUCUUGUUUGUGGUGCGAGGGGCCCCGAGAUAGUUCCCUGGUGCUCAUUGGUUGAUGAUGUGGACCUUUGCUUGAAUGCUUUCCAGUUCACGAAUCCUUCUCCAGAAACCAUGGCGAUGGAUGCUGCGAAGGAGGACAAAACAAGGUUGGCGAUUCAGUUGGUAGACUUGGCCGCAGAUGAUAUUGGGAAUCAAGAGCACCAAGCGUGGUGCGAGCUUCCCCUCCGUGAUUUGUCAUAUGCUCUUGCCCUCAAACUCGGGGAGGAGACUGAUGCGGCGCUGGAAGCUGCGGAAAGGUUGGUGCGUGUGUGUGGAGACACAGGCCAGAGCCAGCGCGCGCAGCACUUGGGCAUUCGACUGCUAGAGCUCACGGAGCCUCGCUUUGGGGCCGAAAGCAUGGAAUCAGCCAGGGCUCUGAUGACUCUUGCCCAACAGCUCAGUGAUGCUGAAAAACGAAUAGAGGCACAAGAACGGGCUCGCAAAGUUUUCGAGCAGAACCUCGGACCAGAUCACCCUGCAGUGGCCAGGACCCUGGCUGCUCUGGCAAAGUCCUAUGGGCUGUUGAGCGACCAUGGCAAGCAAUUGCAACUUCUAGAAAGAGCCUUGCACAUCUACCGCAAUAGUAGUGGGAGUGACUCUGUUGAAUGUGGAAGUGUGCUUAGUAACUAUGGGAAUGCAUUGAUGCACGUGGGAAGAUACAUGGAAGCGAGAGAGGCGCAAGAGCGAUCUGUCUGCAUUAUGCAGACGGAAUUUGGAGAAGAGCAUCCCAACAUCGGCAUUGUCCUCACCAACUUGGGCAGCAUCUUGUGCCGCCUGGGUGAUCCAGAAGGGGCUUUGGAGAUCUUGCCCAAAGCUCUGAGAAUCAAAGAAAUGCAGUAUGGAUUUGACCAUCCCGAGAUGGCAAAUACCCUCGCCAGCUUGGCGAACGCUUACGAGCAACUCGGCAACCGCGCGGAAGCUCAAGAGCUGGUGGAGCGGGUGUUGCACAUCCAGGAGCGGGUUGACGGCGGCCCUCGGAAGUUCUUGAACCAACAGCGGCAAAAACUUGAGGGCUGGCAGCACACUGGCAAAUCCCCACUGUUGGUUGUUCGAUUAUGUUUCGUCGGAAAAGGCCGGGCUGGAAAGACCAGCACUCUCAAGCGGUUAAAGGGUGAAAUCCCACAUGAAGGCGAGGAAGAUUCUACCUAUGGAGUCGAAGUAUGGGCUGGGCAAGCACAGGAGCAACUUGACUCUUCGUGGCAGGAUUGCUGUAACAAGAGUAUCUUUGCCGCCUGUGCUGCAAGAGCUUUCAAAACAGACCGGCACCAGCCUGAGCAACAAGUGACUGUGCAGACGGCGCAGCCUCAAGUCCAGCAACCACACCCAGCGGCGCCUCUGGCAACGCAGAGGGCGCAGGAGCCGAAGCCACAGCAGAAGGCACACAGUCAGGCAAAGCAACAGGUAGCGCAGGGUGCAACGGUCGCCGCAGGAGCAGGCGCGCGUAUUUGGAACAGCAUUGGUUCAAUGAAAGCAUGGUCUGUGUCAGAUUUGACUGACGAUCAGAAGGUGCACAAGUUGCUGCCGAAGCCAGGGCUUGAGGAGACUUUGGGGAUGCGUUUGAUGGACGACGAGUGGGUCUUGCAGAUUGGCAGGCCCGGAGAUGAAGGUGGUUCAUGGAGACCCAGACUGCAAUGCUGGGAUUUUCCUGGCCAGGAGGACUAUUCUCAGUGCAACUUAUUGUAUUUUCACGGCAGGGGCAUCUACCUGGUAUUUUGCGAUGUCAGCCGUGACCUUGAAGUUGCUUGGCAAGACCUACAAUUCUGGCUGUGGGCAGUUGCCCACUAUGCUGUGGACCAUGAUGAAGCCCAAAGGGCUGCUGCGGCUCCACCCGUCAUGAUCGUGUGCACAAAGUGGGAAAGCAAAAGAUUUAAUGAGCAAGAAUUGGAUGGCCGCAUAGACGGGCUGCUGGAGAAGGUCCCGAGGUUGAAAGAUCAGCUCCAAGAAGGCCCAAUCCACGGCGUCGACGCAUGCAGGUCCAAGUGGAUUUUUCCUGUGGAAAACUUCGCAAAGCGUACCCUGACUGAGGACUACAUAAAGCCCCUUCGGCAACGACUGCAUCAGCUGACAGCAGAGCUCGUUCUGCCUGGGAGCGGGACAGAGAACGUGAAACACGCGGGCUUGCAAUCGAAACAUUAUCCAGUCGCAUGGCUGCGGGCUCAUGAUCUACUCACUGAUUUCGCUGGUGGCUUCGAGGUUGAGGCUUCAAAGGCGGAGUUUCUCGCAGCUACAGCUGGGUCAAACUUGGUUCUCAAACACGAGCUGGCGGUCAGACAGGUGCAGGGUGGUGAGACGAUUAAAGUUCCACGAGGCAUACAUUGCAGGCUUCUGAGUCCGCUCCACGAACGAGGCUUCGUGUCGAAGCAAGAGGAAGAAGUGCAAGCGUUGCAGCCGGCUGUCUGGAUGCCUGAGCAUCAGGACGAAGGAGACUCGGGGUUCACCGGCAAUGCCGACAUUAUUCGCGUGCGGAUUGCUCCGUGCACUUUGCUUGAGCUGUCACAGGUUCAGGCGCUUCUAGCAGGCAUGAAGCCAACAGGAAUACACGGAAAGGAAGUCGACGAAUUGCUUGCUUUGCUGCACAGCUUGGGCAUUCUUAUCUGGAUUGCGGAUCACAGGCUCCGGGGGCAUGUUUUGUUAGAUAUUCGGAAGGUGGCUGUGGCACUGACAAGAGUCAUCAGUUUCCGUUUCUUUCGCGAGAGACGCUUCGAGCAUUCAAGAGAGUAUAAGAAGCAGCUGGAGGAAAGCGCUGCGCACAUGAAAGAUCGUCGUCGCUUCUGGACCGACGGUCUGGCCACACGGAAGCUCUUGGAAGAACUGUGGGCGACAGACUUCAAAGACCUCAACCCAGAAGAGAGACGGAUCAUUAUGGAGAUUGUGCUCGAGAUCAUGCUACAGAAAGGGCUGAUCUUGGAACGUGCCUUCGAGGACGAGUUCAUCGUGCCUUGCUGUUUGCCAGAUGCGGCUGUGCCAGAACUGCCAAGGGGCAGCAAAACUCUUUAUGUUGACAUGGAUGGUCUCAUGCCACCAGCCAUUUUGGCACAGGUGGUUCAUGAGCUCUGCCAGCAGCGCACUUUGGACAGCAAAUUGCUCCCAGGACCACCCCAGAUUUUCCGUAAUUGUGCAGAGCUGCGCUCGACAGUGGGGCUCGUUACCCUUUCUCUGUCUGCUGCCACUAGUUUCAGGGUCCUCCGCAUCCACUUGGAACCAUGGGACUCCCAGCAAAUUCAUGGAGAUGAAGCGGAGCGUGAGAUGCGUAGGAUCAUUUCUUGCUUCUUUGGUGCCCUAGGCCUGGACAGGAGGCUGGGACCGGACACGGUCUUGAAGAGACAACCCGAGGCUGAUUCCCGAAGCCUGCUCAAAGACAUUGCACAAGCCGAGUUGGAACGCUUGCGCUCGCAGCUCCUGCGACAGCGCCGCUUCUCUGAUCUGAGCGACCAGCUACGCAAAAUAGUGCGAAGCAUUGCUCUGCAGAGCCACGUUGCUCCUGCGGGAAGCUUUCGGUUCCAAAACAUGCUCUACCCGUGCGACGUGGACUUGGAGGAGUAUGUAGUGCUUGUUGCAGAGGCGGCAAAGGAUAAAGAAAGCUCUUCCUUGGUUCUAGCGUCGCUGUUGCAGAAGAUUCUCCGACAGUUCCCUCGCACAGAUCCAGGCAUGCACUGGGAAGGCCUCACGGCAGGAAAGGAUCCAUUGAAUGAGAAGAAGCUGACUUGGACUCUUGCAGAGUUGGAUCGCGGAGAGAAGGAGUGCAGCACGAAUGUGAAGUUAGCCACGGCGCUCUGUCAUGGCAACAAAGUACGGACGGCAUUUAUUCGCGUCUAUGCCAAGACUACAUUAUUCAAGGAACCAGUGGUGCCAGAUCGUUUCUUUGAGAUUACAAAUGUGAUUCGUUUUGGCUAUGUGCAGGACGGCCGCGUCAAGCCUGUCACGCAGGAGGUUGACCUUCUUGCUGUGGUGGAAGAUGGCUUGAAGCAGUAUUCUGGCCCAACUCCCAAUUGCAUGAAGUUUGCUAAACGCCUUUGGGAGAGGUCUGUGUACCUGGCGCAACGAAACAUUCACGUCAUGUCACACCUCAUCAUGUUGGAGGCCUUGCAGCCGAUCUUUGUCCAUUGGGUAGCCCAGCUGGCCCAGAUUGCAGCUCAUGCAGAGACCUUGAAGAACAUGUUGGAUCUUUGCUUGGAGGAUCAUGUGGUUCAGGACAUGCCGGUCUUACGCCAAAGUUGCAUCGAGAUCGUGAAGAGAGUUGACGAGGAGUGCCGGCUGAAGGAGGGAAACGUACAGGCAUCAGCUGCAUCUGAAGCCCUAGAAAUUCUCGGGCGCGUCAUUCGGGGCAUCGAAGAUGGCACACGUGGUCAACUCCUGAAAGAAAUCCUUCAAGAGGCCCGGAAUGGUCUGGAGGCGUGCGUGGAGCUGACUGUGAUCAGCUGGCUGGGAAGUUUCCCAAGAGUCACCAAACCGCUAAGUGCGCAGUGGGAUUUCCCUUCUGACCACCUGCCAAUUGCAACCAAGAUUUGCUGUGGGUCAGUGGCAGGCUUCGGUUGCAUCUAUGUGGCAUCCUGGCAAGUGCUGAACAUGAACCUUGUGCCACGCAUCCAGACAGAUGAAAAGGGGUUGGAUGGCUCAGGGAUCACUACUUGGAGUGCCGAAGAGAGGCAGAAGCAGAUUGUUACGAUUGUUGAGGAGAUGCUGCUGCCCAACGGCAGACGCAGGCACAUGAUUCUCUGCCUGCAGGGAUGUUGGCGACAGUUGCUGCACGACAUCGCUGAUCAGGUCAGCGCAAAAGGGUUUGCGACGUCAUACAGCAGCUGCCAUGCAGAUACCGAUGACGGGCAGGCCAUCAUCUAUGACGAGACUGCCUUCACACUGACGGCGCUUGAUGCAGAUCCAGUGCCAUUUGAGAACGCCUUUAGGAAAGUCGUGUUGCCCGCGCACUUUGACCUAAAGAAAGGCAAUGGAAAGCUGCGAAUCCUGACCGUGCAGCUGCCAAGGCACCCGCCUGGUCCUAUGCACCGCGCUUUGGGUGGCUGCCUGGAGAGGCUGGGCGACCUUGCAGACACUCCGACACUCGUCCUCGGUGACUUCGGCUUGCCCGAAAAGGUCAUUGCUCCCAUGUUGAAAUGCCAGCACAGCCGAGCUUGCCAUGUCCGCUUUGCGCCAGUCCCCUAUCCGACAACCGUUUGCGAGGGCUCGCUGCUCCCGAAGCGGACCGACAACAUUGCUUUGCUCUCGCCUGAGGAUGUGAUCAAGGCUGAGCCGCUGGAGGCGAACGACGUGGUGUUUGGGCUGCAGAAGCGUGCAGAGCUGCUGAAUUCCAGGUCGUUGGGAAUUGCAGACUGCGAGGCAGAUGAUGACGAUCAGGCGAACCUGCAGUGUGCCAUAUGGCUUUCGAUGAGAUGA